AUUUAGAAUAAUUUCUACUUUAUAAAAUCAUCCUGAGGAUUUCACAAGUUACCCAACAUUGCGAGUGUCUGGCACACAACAGGCCCUCCAAGUGGUGAUUCCUUUCCCUUCUUAGUUUUAUGAUACCUCAUUAUGCACUCAUUUAGAGUGGCCUUUGCAGAACCCUAAAUAUAUCAAAGAUACAUAUUACCUCAAUUAACAGUGUUUCUUCCCAAAGUGGGUGCUGGGUUGCAAAAUAAAACCACAUACUACCAUGUGAGUCAACUGCAGACGGUACUGCAGUUCACUAAGCUAUCAGCUCCCUGUUUAGCAGACUGCUCUGUGCACAUUUGGUGCCAAAGACAACUGCUCUGAAUGUUUGCCACAACCUCCACGGGUGAAAGCCUUAGUUUACCUUACAGAAUUGUUUCAGGUGAUAAGCUUUUAUUACACUUGAUGCAGAAAUAACUUCAAGUUUCAUGCUACAUACUUUUUGGUAUCUGCAUUCCCAAACACGUUAAAUUUGUUUCUUGUGCGACAACAUAGCUGCUUCUGGAAUUUGAAUGCUGAGCUUUGCUUAAGAGAAGGAGCAUGAAAGGUGACCCAAAUGGGAGAAGGCUUUCGUGUUUCUGCUUCACUGCGGGUGAGCUGUACACGCCCGUAGGAGCUGGACUUGUCUAUCAUGCAGCUGUGCCAGCCCAGAUCAAAGCAAGAAAGCCACUCAGUCCCACCUUUCGCAGUGAGCAGCUGACUUCGUUUUUCUUAUUAGCCAAUGGUGAAGAGAUACUUCAGAAGGGACACUGGCUGAGUCACCUUCUGCAGAUAAGCUGAAAUAUUAAUAGCUGUAUCUCGGCCGGGCUCCGAGCUGCAGGCAGCUUUGCUCCCGGCCUCACUCCCAACGUCUGCCCGAGGCCAGGACGUGAGAGCGGCUCUAGGCACGAGUCCAAGGCCCUGCGACACCAUGAACGUGAGCGUGCGGGCCGGGGGCGCCCGGGGCCCCUCGCCGCGACCAGGCCUGGAGAAGCCAGCAACCCAACACCACCAAAGGGCUCAGACCAAAAGGCCCAAGAAAACCUGCUUUCUGGCUGGAAGUUGAAGAAAGUGACAGCCCACUGGACAGAACACUCUCAGAAGACACUGAGGACCCCACCUCAUCUUUGUUGUCAAAGGCCGGUUGGGGACUCUAGACUUCUCCCCAUGACAAGCUAUAUGGAGGUGACUCGCUGCCGGUGGUGUUAGAGAAGGCCGGGCGGGGGCUGGGAGUCUCAUCUCUGCUGCGUGGUAGCAGGGUCCACCCAUCCCUCUUCUUGCGUUGGUGGCUUCAGAGGAGACCGAGUAGAGAAUCAGGCAUUUCACCACCACCUGGUGGUAACGGAGCCACGUACGGUGCCGUCACGUGGAACCCCGGGUCCAACCAGGGCGAUCUUAUUGCAGGAGUGACCAGGAUAUCACCUUGGAGAAGUAAUGCCCACAGAAAGCGGGAGUUGUUCAGCUGCUCGCCAAGCCAAACAGAAACGCAAAUCUCACAGCCUUUCCAUACGCAGAACUAACAGCUCGGAGCAGGAGAGGCCGGGCCUGCCACGAGAGAUGCUAGAAGGACAGGAUUCUAAACUGCCUUCCUCAGUUCGCAGUACACUUCUGGAACUGUUUGGUCAAAUAGAAAGAGAAUUUGAAAACCUUUAUAUCGAAAACUUAGAAUUGCGUAGAGAAAUCGAGACUCUAAAUGAGCGUUUAGCUGCUGAAGGACAAGCGGUCGAUGGGGCAGAGCUGAGCAAGGGCCAGCUCAAAACCAAAGCCAGUCACAGCACCAGCCAGCUUUCUCAGAAACUGAAGACCACCUACAAGGCCUCCACCAGCAAGAUUGUCUCCAGCUUCAAGACCACCACGUCGAGGGCUGUGUGUCAGCUUGUGAAGGAGUACAUUGGCCACAGGGAUGGCAUCUGGGAUGUCAGUGUGGCGAGGACACAGCCCGUGGUGCUGGGGACCGCGUCUGCUGAUCACACAGCUUUACUCUGGAGCAUCGAGACAGGGAGGUGCCUCGUCAAGUACACGGGCCACGUGGGGUCAGUAAAUUCUAUAAAAUUCCAUCCGUCGGAGCAGUUGGCUCUCACUGCUUCUGGAGAUCAGACUGCUCACGUUUGGAGAUACGCGGUUCAACUGCCGACGCCCCAGCCGGUGGCCGACACCAGUCAGAUAGGUGGCGAGGACGAGGUCGAGUGCUCUGAUAAAGAUGAGCCCGACGUGGACGGAGACGUGUCCAGUGACUGUCCUACCAUCCGGGCGCCGCUGACUUCUCUUAAGAGUCACCAGGGAGUGGUGAUGGCCGCCGACUGGCUGGUUGGGGGGAAGCAGGCGGUGACGGCGUCCUGGGACCGGACGGCGAACCUGUACGACGUGGAGACGGCGGAGCUCGUGCACUCCCUGACAGGGCACGACCAGGAGCUCACGCACUGCUGCACACACCCCACCCAGCGGCUCGUGGUGACCUCCUCCAGGGACACGACCUUCCGCCUGUGGGAUUUCAGGGACCCGUCCAUCCACUCUGUCAAUGUGUUCCAGGGCCACACGGACACUGUGACCUCCGCCGUGUUCACCGUCGGGGAUAACGUCGUCUCGGGCAGUGAUGACCGCACUGUCAAGGUCUGGGAUCUGAAGAACAUGAGGUCCCCCAUUGCAACCAUUCGGACAGACUCCGCUAUCAACAGGAUCAACGUAUGCGUUGGCCAGAAAAUCAUUGCCCUGCCGCACGACAACCGGCAAGUGAGGCUGUUCGACAUGUCCGGGGUGCGGCUGGCGCGGCUGCCCCGCAGCAGUCGGCAGGGCCACAGAAGGAUGGUGUGCUGCUCAGCGUGGAGCGAGGACCACCCCGUGUGCAACCUCUUCACCUGCGGGUUUGACAGGCAAGCCAUUGGCUGGAACAUCAACAUCCCUGCGUUAUUACAAGAAAAAUAAGGUGGCCGACGUUCCUUAGUUGCAUAGUUUGCCAUGGACCUGUAACUGAUGCAGGCCUUUCUCACACCGAUCAGCCAUUUUUGUGAGAGCUGGACCCUGCAAAGGGUGAUUUGUAUAUGUCCUUUUCACAGUGUACCCAGCUUGCAUGAAAUGUACAGAACUGUGGUCAUGAUUUUUAUUGUCUUGUGUGUGUGCUGGCAUCCUCUGGUCAGUGGGAACCAAGCCCCUCUCUGUAGCACGUCGCAAGUGACUCGCCGGCAUUGGACAGAUGACGGGAGGCGUUCCAGUUGUAUGAUUCAGUGUGAGUCUGCGCACUCACUGUGAGCGUGAGUCGUCUGGCAUUUCUGGAAGAACCCUACAAAUCCGCCUCGUCCUGGGAAGACUGCAGAGCUGUGUCUGUUGGCUGCGGACGGCAGUAAUGCUCAGAAACCCCGCUUUCGUUUCCACGUGAAGCCGAAGCCUGUGCUGUCCUGUAAUUCAUCGUCAGCUCUUUCUUCUGUUACAGUUCUGUGAAAUUAACCUGGAUCUUAGAAUCUAAGAAAAUAGCAUAGGAUGUUGAGUUUGCAACAUUCAGUUUCUUUUGGAAAAGAAAAAGUUUUUGUUCUUUUUACAGAAAAUCAUUUCAAUGUCCUGAGGUCUCAUAUUAGCAAAUUCUAAAGUAGAAUGAUUUUAAUCAUUGAUUUCAGAUCUUUAGCCAAACUUAAAGCACUUUAGUUUAUAGCUGUGGUUAUAAACAGUUUUCAGAAGUUUCACAUGAUUUACCCAUUGAAUGUGACUCGACCUUUCGAGAGGGCCUUGCUACCUGAAAACGGAACCUUAUUUAUUUCUGCACCUUUGGUUUGCGUGUUUCUACCUGGGUCCACUUCCUUGGUGGUGUUUGAGAGCCAGCAAUGCAAAUAAACGAGUACUACCUCAGAAACAAACGUGCUCGGAACUCGGGGUGUCACCGGCCCAGCCGAGCGCUGCGACUUCUAGUUCAGCCCAGGAGGCAGGAGAGACAGCAGAUGAAAGGCGCGUCACUAGCCGACGAAGCAGAGCCAGACGGUCAUUCGCAGGUGACAGGACACCCUCGUCUCAGCUGCCUGGCCACCUCCAGUGCCACCCGUCCCACUGCUGGUGCAGGCCUGUCACUCCUGCCUUCUUAGCGGUCACCGUGCCUGGCGGUCGUGAGUGCGUGUUGUCGUUGGGUCAGUGCUGAUGAAGACACCUCAGUGUGCUGCCUUCGUGUUUUUAAUCCUGUGAGUGUGUCCACUGGGGGACAGGCCCCUUGGGGAGGCACACGAGGGUCACCUUGAAAACGACCAUGGGUCACCCCUUUCCUUGCUUGUUCCGUGUUGUGGUGACGCAGGGCUGGGGCCGUUGAGUGGGGUGCAGUGUGACAGUGCAGGCUGCCCUGGGGGGGGCCUGUCACUCAGGCCCUGCAGUAGCUAACUUUUGGGACCUCAGCCCCAAGUCACGGGUGAUGCUGAAGUGGGCCGCACAGCCUUGACGUGGCGGGGCAGGAAAAGCCAGCUGUGCUGUCAUGCAGGGCUGAGGGUGCUGACUGGGGGACACCCGAGAACCGCAUCAGAGCGACUUUGUUCUAAAAGCUCAAGAAUUGGUUGUAUUUUUAAAGUGUGACGUUUGCCCUGAGCACACUGAGAACAGAGGCUUUUCACUGUGUGGCCUGAGUGUCACUUUCUAGCCCGCUCUCUCAAGUGGCCAUGUGGUGAGAUGUGCAACGGCCUUGUCUCCUCUGCUCGCCACACCCCGAAGGUGUGAGUGUGACAAGCUCCGGGUCCCUCGUGUUUUAAUGUGAACGACUGGGCGCCUUAGAAUCAGCAUUAAGAACGUCGAAACGCUCACGCGGGCCGCUCAGUCAAACCUAAGAAGCAGAUCUCUGCCCGAUGAAAAACACCGAAGCUUCUAAAUCCAUGUCUGUGAUGGCUGUUCAGUCCCGUGCAGGCCGGCGCCCGUCACGCCGGCAGCUGCUCCACCUCCUCUCGGCUCCGUGAGGGCGUGUGGUGCUCUAGCCGGGUCCCGGGAGCAGGACGCGCUCCCACCAGCGGCUGCGUGGCCUCUGACGGGUCCCAUCCAGCUGCUCUGGCCGUGGUGGUGAUUCCAGGGUCAUGCAGGAGCCUGGGGAUCGGGUGUGUGCGCGUGUGCAAAUGCGUGUGUACGUGGCUCAGAUUAUGUGAUCAGCCACACGUGAUCUUGCGAAAUAGUGUCUGGAAACGAGAGUGGUUUUGUCUUCUGACACGUCCAGAAUUUCAUUCGGUAGUGGAAAGAACGUUAAUGAAAGCGCGGACUGGUAGCGAAUUUCACACGAGACACGUUGCGGGACAGAGCAACACUCUCUUUCAACCACUGCACCUUCGUUUCUGCAGAGUCGAAAAUUCUGUACAUAUUUCGCAAUGUGAAGAACUCUGUGUAAAUUAUUUGUUGCUGAAAUCUGAAAAACGAGGGGGGCGUAUGCGUUUGUAAGUGCCGUGUGGGAGCGCGUGCUCGUCGUGUCGGUGUAAUUGUUCAGUGCUCAGUGUUUUCAUUGCAAUAUGGAAUUCAUUAAAGUCUUCGUUCCGUAAUUACUAUUGUAAAGUUUUAUGUCA